AUGGUUGGCAAAAAGUCCGGAAAGGCUCUCCUUCGGGAUGAAGGCCUGGAGAGGACGGAUAAUAAUAUGGAAUUGUCGAGCUGGCCGCAAAUCCCUCCGAUCAACCAGAAGAAUUAUUACACGGAUUACCUCAAGCGCGAUGACCAAUAUCUGGCAUUCAGGCUGCAGAAUGAGGAAGCGCGGAAUCUAAUGACCAAAACCGCCAAAGACCGCGACCGUGCUCUGGCUAUGGCAAAAGGAAACGACUUGGGUCUCCCCGAGCCGGAGGCGGAUGUGGAUGGCGAUGCCAAUAUGGAAGAUGCGGAGGAAACUACAUCAGAAGCGGUUGGCUCAAAGGUUAUUGUUAUACAUGUUGGUAGCCUGAACCUUCGAAUUGGUCUGGCUAGUGAUGCGUUACCGAAGACGGUACCGAUGGUGAUUGCGCGAAAGUCCAGCACCUGCGAAGCUGAAGACCAAAAGGAGCACCCCAGGAGGCUGAGACAGGACAAUGGCAUCGAGAUGGAGCCAGAGAAAAAGUUUGGCUCUGAGUUCUCUUCUCAGUAUACUUCUAUGGCCGCAGACCUCAAGGCACAUAUGCGACAGAACAAACGUCGGACCCUUCCGAAUUCGAAAGAAAUGGUCAUCAAUUAUAAUCGGAGAAAGGUGCCGGAGACUAUUUCGGAACACAACGACCCCAUGCGUGUUGAAUGGACGGAUAUCCCCGACCCGGCACCGGAGUAUAUAGCGGGCCCAGAUGCCCUGAGGAUACCAGAUACCUCCAAGCCUCGGUAUAAGCUGUACUGGCCAAUGAGAUAUGGGUGGUGCAACGAAAGGGACUAUGAGAACAAACGACUCAUGUUCCUGGAUCUUUCGCUGAUCCUAGAAGAAGCAAUCAAAGGCCAGCUAGGCCUUACAAGCAAAAAGGAAUGGCCUCAGUACUCAUGUGUAUUCGUCAUUCCUGAUCUUUAUGAGAAGUCUUAUGUGUGUCAGAUGCUGGAAAUGCUCAUGAGGGAGUUUACAUUUGCUCGGUCCUGUUUCAUACAAGAAAGUCUGGCCGCCACCUUUGGCGCUGGCUUCACAUCGGCUUGUGUGGUCGAUAUUGGUGCCCAAAAGACAUCGAUAUGCUGCGUGGAGGAAGGCAUGUGCAUUGAGAAUUCUCGUGUGAACCUGAAAUUUGGUGGGACCGACGUGACGGAGACGUUUGUCAAGAUGAUGCUCUACGAUCAUUUCCCGUAUGACGGAAUCAAUCUGUGGCGCAGGUACGAUUUCCAGCUGGCUGAGGAACUGAAAAAGAAUGUCUGCACCAUGAAUGAGGCCAGCGUAUCCGUCCAAGUGUUCGAUUUUCAUCUCCGCGUAUCGGGGCAGGAUACCAAGAAAUAUACAUUCAAGGCAUACGACGAGGUUCAUCUGGCCCCCAUGGGUUACUUCCAGCCGUCUAUCUUCGAUAAUACUCUGAAGCUUGAGGGACGAAGGAAAUUGAUUUCCCGCUCAGUCGACAUCUACGAUGGGCAACCGAACGACCCGACGUCUGCAGCUCAGUCUGAGAUCUUGACCGCUCUUGCUCCUCCAUCAACCAGCCAUGUCAACGGGGACAGCCUGCCUGCCACACUAGACGUUCAAUCAACACCAAGCCGUUCCCAGCAAGUCAAUGCCCUCAGUCGCGUGCAGGAGCUGGAUGCCACGCCUCGAUCCUCCGUUGCCGGCUCUCCUGCACCUGAGGCAGUCAGCACUCCUCAAGCUGGAGGUGCUGGCACCCCUGUUCCCGGUGGACAGGCCCAAAACGUAUCGCACCCACGAGCACCGACGGUUGAAGAACGUGAUGAUAUUCUCCCGGUUUUCCCGCUCGACAAUGCGAUUCUCACCUCCAUUGCCCACGCGGCCCGCUCGGACGAACGUAAAAUGCGGGACUUCCUUGGUGGGAUUAUGGUCGUGGGAGGAGGAAGCUUGAUCAACGGCUUCCAUUCAUUUCUGGAAGAGCGACUCCAGGUCCUCCGACCAGGAUUUGCCAAAGAGAUAAUGAUUGGCACGCCGCCACGGGAUCUUGACCCGCAGGUUGUUGUCUGGAAAGGGGCCAGCGUCUUUGGGAAACUGAGUGGAACGAAUGACAGUUGGAUUGGGCAAUUAGAGUAUGACCGGCUGGGGCAUAGACUUAUGGCUUACAAGUGCAUGUGGGCUUACUGA